AUGAUGAUUUUCGCGAUUUUCCUCGCUGUCUUCUUGAUUUCUCCAUCAAUCCAAGCCGAUGAUCCAAAACAACUUGCUCAACAUUUCCUGGACAACUUUCUAAAGGCUGCCAAAACCAAUGAUACCAAAUUAUUCCUUUCAUUAUUGGAUACCUCAUUCGUUAUUCAUAUUUGUGGAAUCUCGCUGACUUAUGAUCAAUUGAAGACUCACGAUGUUACUGAAAUUGAUCCGGUUAAAAAAGGAGAGACUGUUGAACUUGUCAAAGCUGUCAUUGAAAAAGAGAUUCUUGAUUUUGUCGCCAGAAUUCAUCAUGGGAAAAUGGAAUUUGAUAUGGAGUUUCAGAGCAAGAAAUUUGGAAAUGAUUGGAAAUUGAUUGAAAUGCAUGUUCUUGGAGGCACCUGUCCUAAACCUAAAUAA